GCUCGUUGACAGAAGCUUCGUGCUAACCAAAGGGUGCUAACGAGGAGUUAGCAUGAAGCGAGGAGCCUCCAUUCCUCUGUGACUCCACGGAUCCCACGAUGCCGCUCACACCGCUAGUGAACUGGGCGCAGCGACAUGAAGACAUCUCCCUGCGAGUGGAGCUGACCGACGCUGAGAUUAUCGAUGUCCACGUGCGGGAAAAUGUUCUUCUGUUCAGAGCCCAGGGCCAUGGUGCAAAAGGUCAAAAUGAAUACGAGUUCAGCCUCGAGUUUCUCUCACCAGUAAAGCCAGAGGUGAAAUAUAAGUCCACCCAGCGGCAGGUGAAUAUCACAGUGCUGAAAGAGCAGCGUGGCUGGUGGGAGCGACUGACCGCGCAGGAGCGUAAACCUGUUUUCCUGACACCUGACUUUGACCGCUGGCUGGAGGAGUCGGACGCAGAGAUGGAGAUCCGUGAAAAGGAGGAGAAAAAGAACAAGCUGAAGGCUGCGAGGCAUAAAGAGGAAGGGUUUGUCAGUCUGAAAACAGGAUAUCUGUUUCUAUACAACCUGGUGCAGUUUCUCGGUUUUUCAUGGAUCUUUGUAAACAUGACUGUACGCCUCUUCAUCUUUGGAGAAGAGUCUCUCUACGACACAUUCAACUCCAUAUCAGAUGUGAUGUUCUUCUGCCAGAUCCUGGCAUCAGUAGAAGUCCUCAAUGCUGCUUUUGGUGUAGUCAAAACAGGCGUUGUUCCAACUCUAAUACAGGUGGUUGGAAGGAAUUUCAUCCUCUUCAUCAUUUUUGGAAGUUUGGAGGAAAUGCACCACCAGCCAGUCGUGUUCUUUGUUUUCUACCUGUGGAGCGGCAUCGAGAUUUUCAGGUAUCCAUUUUAUAUGCUGGGCUGUUGUAAUACCGAGUGGGAAAACCUCACAUGGCUGCGGUACACAAUAUGGAUCCCACUGUACCCACUAGGUGUUCUAGCUGAAGCUGUGGCUGUCAUACAAUCCAUUCCCAUCUUUUACGAGAGCAAACUCUUCAGCAUUCCUCUGCCCAAAGCCAUCGGCACCUCCAUCAACUUCUCCUACGUCCUGUACGUUUACCUCGUCCUCAUGGUGCUGGGGCUUAUUAUCAACUCUCGUCAUCUUUACAAGCAGAGGAAGAGGCGUUUCCGUACCAAGAAGAGGAAAUCAAAUUGAGACUCGACACCAAUAACAUUCCUCAAACGCCUCGGCUGCCUGCUUAUUUCUGAAGAUAUCUUUAAAUGAUCCUAACAAACGAUGAUCCCGUCCUAUCAGGAAUGUUAUGAAGAUAUCUUCUGAUUCCCAGCUUGUUUACGAUGGAUAAAAUGACUUCCUUUAUAAUAAUGUGACAUUGUAAUGGUUAUUCAAUAUUUAAUUCUCUCUUACUGGUUGAUUUCUAAUAUGAAUUUAGUGGAAAGCUGUUGUAAGCCAUAAUCUUUGAUGUCCUAUAUUAAUGUUCUUGUAUGUUAGUGCCGUGGUAUUUUUGGUUUAAUACAUUGCAACAGACAGUGGUCAGGAAAUCCUCCCGUCAUCAUUUGGUGUUUGUAUUAAUGAAGAAAGCAAAACAAUUCUGAAGUAUUGUAUAUGUCAUUAUUCCAGAUUUCUGAUCCAUCCCACAAACCUCAGGGAAAAAGUACACUGGUGACUUUUAAUACAGAAACAGUCAUGUGUCCCUUUUGCUCAAUGCUGACUUGCUAUGAAGAAUUCUUAUUUGUAUAACUUCCUAAUUCUGCUGAUCACGUGAAAUUUAGAAAAGCAAACAUUAACAGUCACGUCUCAGGUUUCCUGUAACUGUGGCAGUUAUUCCACACUGAAUAAAAUUGAAAUUUG